UUGUUUCCAAUUGUAGAUACCGAAUCGACCACGAAGAAGUCGUCCACCGCAUCGGUCACAAAUGAACAUGUUCGAAAAGUUAUAGUGAGCGGUCCACGUCUAUCAAGCGGUAAAGGAGAAAUGUAUAAGAAAAUGCACAAACUCCUAUCGAAAUCCUUGCCAAGAGGCGGCGUUAUACCACAGAAACAAACGAAACUGCCAACGAAGCGAAAAAAAGAUGAGUCACCGAUUAAUGCGAAAAAGUUGACGAAGUUGGAUGCAGAAGGUGUUGACAGGAAGGCGCAUCAGCCGAAGAUUACCACUGCCACUGCUGCAUCGUCGGUAAAGAGUGUGUCCCAAAAGAAAACGGCCGCUCCAUCCACAACGAUUCUGCUAUCUCAACCGAUUUCUCGCCAGCCAAUCCGGUCUCACCCCCAACUCAAUCGGACUAAGAACAAGUCAAAUGAGGCGAUGACAGAAUCGCUUGUGAUGCACUUAUUAGACGAGAUGGUCGUCGCUCGAUCAACGCUCGCAGUUAUCGUUAAAAGGUUCCGUGAAGCACCGAUCAGCCAACUGAGCAGUGAUCGUAUUGUCGCUUGUAUUAUUAAGUUGUUGAACACGAUGGACGUUGGAAAUAUGUGGCCAACAAUGCUGACUGCAUCGAAGCACGGAGUUGUGGAACAAGUGGCGUCACUUAAGGAACGAAACCUCUUCGAAUUAAUCAAUCAAAUUUGUGCUGAACCACAGUGGAGCGAUGUCUGUCAAAAACUUUUCAUGAAGUUGGCAGUCUCUAUACAAAGAGCAGAAUCCGCAUCUGUGUGUCAGCUCGGCCGUGAUAUUCGUUGUUUACUGAUCGCUGCACGAAUCGCUUCCGAGGAAGAUUGCUCGUCAUCAACGCCAGACGGGGAUAUAUCCGCAGUUCUGUGUGGAGUUUUGAGGCAUUUGAUAUUGUUGUUAUCUGCUGACUGGAUAGUGCCAGUGUUGUGUUAUGCUUUGGCGAUCUCGCCGGAACUGAUCAAAGAGUUUUUGAUUGGCAAAGAAGAUUCAUUACUGCCGAUUCGUACACUCAUUGCCGUGCAUCUUAGUGACAGGGUAAACUGCUUUUUAGUUCUCUUUCUCUGA